AAAGUAUUAAUUUCACUAAUAUUUGCUGAGCAAUAGAAGCUUAUACUUAAUUUAGUUUCUUUUUAAUUAUUAAGAUAUACUGAGAGAGAUGGCUAGGUUUAUGAGCUUGGCUUUUGUCGGAGUUAUUGCUGUGGCUCUCCUCCAAUGUGCGGCGGCAGCGACGGAUCAUGUAGUCGGAGACGGCGAGGGAUGGAAAGUUCCGUCAACCACCAACGUUUAUGAAAAUUGGGCUGCCGGCAAAACCUUCAUGGUUGGUGAUAUUCUAACUUUCAACUUCGUCACAAAUGAACAUGACGUACUUGAAGUUACAAAAGAAUCCUACCACGCCUGUACUGAUUCAAACCCCGUCGGAAACAAGACCAACGUCGGCCCUGCAAAGAUCAACCUCAAAUCCGCCGGCGACAAGUACUACAUUUGCACAAUCGGACGCCACUGCGCCAACGGCCAGAAACUAGCCAUUAAAGUUACCUCUGCUGACGCUUGCUCUCCAACGUCGGGCCCCUCUGCCUCGACUCCACCUCCUCCCUCUGGCGCCGGCGGUGCGCCGGGUCCUGAUUCUUCAUCAUCGAUUUCUUUGGCCAGUGUUUUGUUGUCCAUGUUUGCUGUUGUUAUAGGCUUCUUGUUUUAGAAUAUGAAACGAUUAUAACAGGUUUAAUUUUGAUGAAUACUUAAGCUAAUUUGCUUAAGAGUACAAAAUAACGAUUCAUUUGUGGGGUAUUGCAUUUUGAAUUUUGGGUUAAUAAGAUCAAUAAAGUUUCCCAUUUCU